AUGAGCUGGGGGAGAUGGUGGUGGAUGUCUUCUCCUCCUGCAUGGUGGGUGUCUGCUGGCGUUGUGUGCCUUCCUUGCGUGGGUGCCGUCUCGUGGUGUGUGAACUGUGCGGCUGGGCCUGCUGCCCUCUCCUCAUGUUGUCUGCUCUCUCUCGCUGUAUCCGCUGCACUCCGUCCCUCUCCCUCAUGUUCCAUUCCUUUUCCUUCUGGCUCACGGAUCAGCUCACUGACUCCAGCGACUCCACUGCGGGUGACGAUGACUGCGAUGGUGACGAUGGUGACGGUGCGGCUCCGUGUGGUGUGCGCCGUGUUGGUCCCUGCGCUCUCGUGCUACUGCUGCAAUUCUGUAUGUGUGACGGCAGCUGGGAGUGCUGGACAUGUAUCUGGUGAUGCGGAUGCGGUGGUUGUGCCGGUGGAUGUGCCGUGUGCUCCGAGUGACGGCAGCCCGAGCUAUCGCGUGUUUCUAUGUGCGUGUGUGUGGGCGUGGAAGAAGUGUUCUGCUGCCGGUGCUGAGGCUGACUGUGAGAAUUAUACUUUCAGUGGCUUUGAUGUGCGCAUGCAUAGCAGGAAUGGUGAGCUGGGUGCUGUGUGCCAUGUGGCCAAUGCAGUGCACACAUGUAGCAACUGUGCUGCCAGCUGUGCAACGGAAGAGGAAGGGGCCACCGUUGCCUUCACGAUGAAUGUGACGACACAUAAAUACGCCGGCCCUUAUGAAUUGUGGUGGCGUCAAUUUUCCCCCGAUGGAACCAUCCAUCCGCCUGCACGGAGCGGCGAUGCUGACCAGACGGGCAUCUGUCAGUUGCCGCCACCCCGUGAAGGGAGGGAUGACACAAAACCUGGUGGGACAACUGCGCCGCAAGUGAAUGCUGAGCCGUCACGUCAAAACGAGGAUUGGCGACAGUCUGCGGCGGCUGACGGACCCAACACCGUCGUCCAGAGUCCCGCAUCCAACACGGCGACCAACACGUCCGAGACGAGGCCUGAGUUUGCCACCAAUCCGAGCGAAAUGAUGGUCCCGAAUGCAUCCACGAAGAGGCCUUCCUUUGCCAACGGUCCGAGAAUAUUAGUGGCGUCGAAUGCAUCCGGGAUCAUGUCUGUCACUUAUGGCGGCAGGGAACACGUUGCUGCGGAUAACACGUACGAGGUGAGUGAGCGCAACGCCACUCGGCACAAAUCUCCUUUCCUCCGAAAAUGGCGUUGCGGGCAGUGGAUUUGUUGCUGA